AGUGUAAUGCCAGUGUAAUGCCAGUGUAAUGCCAGUUUAAUGCCAGUUUAAUGCCAGUUAAAUGCCAGUUUAAUGCCAGUGUAAUGCCAGUGUAAUGCCAGUUUAAUGCCAGUGUAAUGCCAGUGUAAUGCCAGUGUAAUGCCAGUUUAAUGCCAGUGUAAUGCCAGUGUAAUGCCAGUGUAAUGCCAGUGUAAUGCCAGUGUAAUGCCAGUUUAAUGCCAGUUAAAUGCCAGUUUAAUGCCAGUGUAAUGCCAGUGUAAUGCCAGUGUAAUGCCAGUGUAAUGCCAGUGUAAUGCCAGUUUAAUGCCAGUGUAAUGCCAGUGUAAUGCCAGUUUAAUGCCAGUGUAAUGCCAGUUUAAUGCCAGUGUAAUGCCAGUGUAAUGCCAGUUUAAUGCCAGUGUAAUGCCAGUUUAAUGCCAGUGUAAUGCCAGUGUAAUGCCAGUGUAAUGCCAGUGUAAUACCAGUUUAAACCAGUUUAAACCAGUGUUAGACAUGUUUCUGCUGCAGAGGUGGUACGUUCUCCAGGCUGUGGAAACACUGAAGUGUCUUAUCUUGCUGGUUAAACUGGUAAUCCCGUCCACAUAGCAGUGAUACCAGGGCUGCUGUCGGGCCACAUGUUUCUGUUUGAGGUGGAUAAACAGCAGAUAAGAUGAGGAGCCUGAAAAUAAUUGCAUGUUAAUUUGCAGUCACAAAUACUGAGGGAGAAAUGGCAGUUGUAUUAUUUUCAGCGAUGGUUUGGCCCUGGUCACUGUCCUCAGAGAUUCCCGCCAGCGUUGGCGCACGGAGAGAAAAGGGCUGAACGAUCUGGGAAAAUAAUUUUCCCUCAAUAUUGCGAUUUAAUCUGCAAUGAAUUCUUUAAUUCCUCAUGUCAUGCAUUUUACAACAAAAACAAGCAAUAAUUCAUUCUUUACCACAGAACAACACAAUAUUCGAUUAAACUGGGCAGAACAUUUUUAAAAAAUACUGAAAUGUGAUGAUUUUUUACUUAUUUUGAAAAUUUGAUAUUAACUGUUGUAUUAAAGUGAAUGAUGUUUUUAUAUAAUUCUCAUAUUUAAUAAGAAAAAAAUACAAAAAUGAAGAAAAUGUGAUUUUUUUUAACACUGUUCUAAAAAUAGGGCACUAGAAUGAUUACAUGAAGAGUAACACAUUAGAUCUCUGCUGCAGAGAAGUUCUAAAGUGGCAUUUAGACACAGAUUUCAGGUCAAAGACACACUGCACCUUCUUUGUAAACUGCAGCAGGCCACUUGGAUUUAAUCUGAUUUGCCCAGCCCUAGUAGAGAAGCUAAGCUAACAGCGCUAUAGACAGGACGGCCCGACCACAUCAGGCUGAGCCCCUGAAGACCCCGGUGACGGGGCCCUCGUUCAUGUUCCGGUUUAACCCUUUUCCACCCAUUUUCUCCACAUUCGCCCCUUUUUAGCCAUCUUUUAAAAGACAUUAGCUACCUUUCACACCUUUUCACUACACCAGCCGCCUGUUUUUUUAAAUCAACUUUUGCCCUUUUUUGACACAUUUAUCAUAUUUUUGCCAUAAUUAACUCCAUUUACAAAUUUCCACCCAUUGUCAAAACUUUCUUCCUUUCUUAAACCAUUUUUACCACUUUUUCACCACUUUUUUCUGCAUAUUAUUUCUGACUUUUAGCCUGUUCUUACCAGUUUUCACCUUUUGUUUUUUGCUUUUUUUUUUUUUUUUACUAUGAAUUAAUGAAUUUUUCCUUAAGUUUUAAAGUUCUUACUAGAAUUUUCUCUGGCACCCUGACAUUUCUUAAUGUCUUCACAAAGCUUGGUGUUACUGGUGAGGGUUUCCCUCGCUCCUCGCCAGCUCCACCCACUUUUCCUAAAGCUCCAACAAAGACCGUCAGCAUGAGGGCGAGACUGUCGGUGUCAGACUGAUGUGAAAAGCCCUUAGGGAGCCAUAAUGUGCUUUUAAAAGGGUCCGAUUACAUUAAAGGGCUAGAAAGUGUUUUAGUGUCACAUUUAAGGGGUCAAACAGGGUUCAUGAGCAGAUCUGCUUGUUUUAGGUUAAUUCUUUCACUCAGAUGAAGCGUGGGGAGCAGAUAUGACUCAGGAUGAACCAGACCAUCUUCUUUAACAGAAACAUGACGCUCUCCUCUCUAGCAUCUCAGGUUUUCUGUUUCAUAAGCACGUUCUGUUUCCCAGAACUCGGCCUGUUAGGGGAAUUCCUGGAACUACUUUAACUUUCGCUUCUCUUCCCUGUGCGUCUCCCCGCCUUCCUCCUCGUCUCUCUCUACUCUGGUUCUCCUCAGUGACGAUGGAGGAGCAGAACACGGAGGCCAAGCUGAAGACUCGUCUGAAGCAGGAGAAGAUCCAGCUGUGGAACCCUCCGUACACUGACGACAGCAACCAGCCGGGAGCGCAGCACAUGCAGGAGCUGGCCGAGCGCUACGCCCCCCUGCUGGACCUGCAGGUGGAGGAGGUAGGGGGCGCUCUGGAGGCGAUCCGAGUGCAGGCAGUGAGGAGAGGGAAAGGAAACAAGACGUUCAGGGAGACGAACGUGGCCACGCUGGAGCUGCUGCUGCCCAGAGACAGCAAGAAGGAUCCAAAGAAGAAGGACCACCUGGAGACCAGGCUGGACGUGUUGGUCCAGGAGGUGGUGGACAGGAUCGCAGAGGAGUUUGGUCUGAAACACAUCAAACUGAUCCUUAACGGGAAAACUCUGAGCACAGACCAGCGUCUGGAUGAGCAGGGCGUGAAGAACCACAGUAAGGUCAUGGUGCUGAAGGUGAGCGACGCCGAGUGGAGGCAGCAAGUAAGCGAGGAGGAGGAGAAGAAGAAGAACCAGAACGAGAGCCUCCAAAGGACCGAGAAGGGCUUCCAGAUCCUGUCAGAGAGAGACGGCAGCGAGGAAACGUCUCCGUUCCUGGAGAUCGCUGACCAGAGAGGUAACCCGCUGAAGAUCCCACACACAGAGAAGAAGGCGCUGAUCCUUGCCAUGGGCUUCCAUGAGAAAGGCCGCUCACUGAUGAAGAAGAAGCAGUUUGAGAACGCGCUGUGCCACCUGCUGCAGGCCGACCAGCAGUUCAGUAAGUGCGGCUCAGCUCUGCUCCGCUCGGUGGAUAACUUCGCCGUCCUGCAGCUGGACAUCGUGUGGUGUUACCGCGCCCUGGAGGCUCUGUCCUGCCUGGAUGAUGGGAAGAGUCGCCUGCAGAGAGCCGAGGAUUGUUUCCUGCAGUGUUACGGAGAGCAGCAGCAGAGACUGCUCAUGAUCAAGGGUAACACCGGCAGAGAGGAGGCGUUGUUCCUGCGGCUGUACCUCCUUCAGAGCCUCCUGUCCUACAUCGAGGGAAACGACGCUCAGGCCCGACACCAGCUCGCCAAAGUGGAGUCUCUGUACGGCCGUCUGUGUCUGGACUCAGAGAAGAUGGCUCAGCUGAUGGCGUUGGGUUUCACUGACAGAGAAGCUCGCCUCGGCCUCAGAGCGUGUCAGGGAGACCUGCAGGAGGCCGCCAUCCACAUCAGCAACCAGCGACAGGAGCGUGAGGAGCUGAAGCAGAGGGAGAGGCAGAAGAGGAGCAGGAGGUUGGAGGGAAUCACCACCCUUACCGAGCUCGGAUUCUCCAGAAAAGACGCAGCCCGAGCUCUGCACCACGCUGACGGAGACGUGAACCGAGCGUACGAGAUCCUCCUGGACUCCAGCCGAGCCGCUCAGAUGACCAAUAACAACACAGAGGGCGUGGUCAGUCUGGAGAGGCUGGAAGAGUUGUUGUACCUGGGCUUUGACAGGGUGGCGUCAGAGGCUGCUCUCAGACUGACAGGCGGAGACGUCCAAUCGGCUACUCAGCUACUGCUGGACAACCAAGGCGUCCUCCCCCCAGGGCUCCUCCCUGUGUCCCCGCCCUCCUCCUCCUCCUCGCCCUCCCCGUCUUCAGAGGAGCCUAGCACCUCCUCCAACUCUGCAGGUAUGGCAGACGAUGCUGAGCUGGUGAACGAGGUGUUGGAGGACAUCUCUCGCCACGAGGAGGAUUACCUGGACCUGACCCUGGAGGAGGAGAGCGAGCUCAUCGCUACCAUGAAGGCCUACCUGACCCGAGGCCCCGCCCACACCGUCUGACACUCACAGACACGCUCAGUGCUUUACUUCCUCUCUACUCACCAUUUAAAGCAGUAAACGCCAUUUUCUGCUGUUGAUUUAGCCGUAAAACGGUGACAAGCCAAACACGAGUCCUCCUUUCUGAAUAACUAAAGAAUCUUUUACUCAGCAAUAAUCCACAGAGCUCACAUCUGAGAGAAGGCAGCUCACAGGCUAGAGUGGUUAAUGUUCAGCUCGUUUUAUAUUCAGCAGUUAUUUUUCAGUCUGAUUGGUCUUUAGAUAAUCUUAUUUACAUUUUAUUUUCUGAUUGAAAUCAUCAGUUGUUCGGCCAACAUCUCCAGAUGAUAUUUUUAGAAUAAACCAAAGGAACCACUGUUUGAUUCAGGUCAAGUAAACCGUCUGUUAUUGUUGUUCUGAUGACAGGAAGUCAAGUUUUAUGUUUGUGUCAUGGUUGGAAUUUUAUUUAAAUUCUCUUCAUGUAAAGGCUGAUGGUCUCAAGUGAUGGGGCUAAUAAACAAAUGAAGGUUUA